AUGCUCCGGCCGAGGUCGCCCUGGGGCAACCUGGCGGGGUCUCUCUUCGUUGUGGCCAUCAUCUUUGGCUAUGGCAACGUCUUUGCUGCCGACCCCUACAAAUCCGAGGUCAUCGCCUUUGCCACGAAGAAACAACUCACCCCGGACUUCCAUCAGAUUUUCCUCCGCGGGAUCGGCUGCAACUGGCUGGUCUGUCUGGCUUGCUUCCUCGGCGUCCAGGGCCGCGAUCUCGCCUCCAAGGUGGUAGGCAUCUGGUUCCCGACCUUUGCCUUCGUGUCGCUGGGCUUUGACCACCUCGUCGCCAAUAUGACCUUCAUCCCCCUGGCGAUCUGGCUGGGGGCGCCCAAGAUCACGGUAGCGCUGUACAUCUGGAAGGGGAUCAUUCCCACGCUGCUGGGGAAUAUCAUUGGAGGUGGAUUGUUUGUCGCGACAUACUACUGGUACAUGUACCUCGUGAGCGGAGAGAUGGCCACUCUCACGGGGAUGCGCCAGUCAGCCACGACGACGCCUCGUUCACUGGAUAUCGAGGCCAUGGCUGCUGAGAAGCAGAACUAA